AUGACUGAGUUUGACGAUUGCAACCACAGUGCAUCCAAUAUGUAUCUACCAGGGUGCGCUUAUUACGUUUCACCUUCAGAUUUCUCGACGAAGCCCUCUUUUUUGUCGCAAUCGUCUUCCUGUCAAAUGACUUUUCCUUAUUCUUCUAAUUUACCUCAUGUUCAACCUGUGCGAGAAGUGGCAUUCAGGGAAUACGGAUUAGAGCGCAGCAAAUGGCAGUAUAGGGGCAGUUAUGCUCCUUAUUACUCAGCUGAGGAGGUUAUGCAUCGAGACUUUCUCCAGCCUGCUAACAGGAGGACGGAAAUGUUAUUCAAAACGGAUCCUGUGUGCAGCCACCAUGGACCCUCCGCCGCUGCCUCCAACUUCUACAACACGGUGGGAAGGAACGGCAUUCUCCCGCAAGGGUUUGACCAGUUUUAUGAGACAGCCCAUGGACCUCCAUACCAGCAGCAAGCAGAGAACGAGGGGGAAGCGGCCAAGAGUGACUUGAAACCUCAGAAUAGCACUUGCAGUAAAACACCUUCCAGCCAAGAGAAGAAAGUGACAACAGAAAACAGCGCCGGUUCCCCUUCUGGUGAGGCUGUUGCAGAGAAGAGCAACAGUUCAGUUCCCCAGCGAUCAAGGAAAAAGAGAUGUCCCUACACCAAAUAUCAAAUCAGAGAACUGGAACGUGAGUUUUUCUUCAACGUGUACAUAAACAAAGAAAAAAGACUGCAGUUGUCCAGAAUGCUGAACCUCACUGAUCGACAAGUUAAAAUCUGGUUCCAGAAUCGAAGAAUGAAAGAAAAGAAACUGAACAGAGAUCGACUCCAAUAUUUCACUGGAAACCCCUUGUUUUGA